AAUAGCAACAGAUCCAUGGGUAUGCCCCCGGAUCUCAGUGGUUUUGACCCUCAGAGAGUAGCAUCUCCAGGAUUCAGCUGUGUGUCUAUGAAUAGCAACAGAUCCAUGGGUAUGCCCCCGGAUCUCAGUGGUUUUGACCCUCAGAGAGAAGCAUCUCCAAGAUUCAGCUGUGUGUCUAUGAAGAGCAACAGAUCCAUGGGUAUGCCCCCGGAUCUCAGUGGUUUUGACCCUCAGAGAGUAGCAUCUCCAGGAUUCAGCUGUGUGUCUAUGAAUAGCAACAGAUCCAUGGAUAUGCCCCCGGAUCUCAGUGAUUUUGACCCUCAGAGAGAAGCAUCUCCAGGAUUCAGCUGUGUGUCUAUGAAGAGCAACAGAUCCAUGGGUAUGCCCCCGGACCUCAGUGAUGUUGACGCUCAGAGAGCAGCAUCUCCAGGAUUCAGCUGUGUGUCUAUGAAGAGUAACAACUCCAUGUUUAUGCUCCCUGAUCUCAGUGAUUUUGAUGCUCAGAGGGCAGAAUCUACAGCAUCUAUCUUCGACCCUGUCAUCAUCAGCAGGAAGAGAAAGAGAGGAGCUUCUCCACUGCAGCCCCCUGAUCUCAGUGAUGGAUCAGAUCCUUUUGAUUCUGUUGCUGGGAGAGCUAACCAGAUCAGAUAUGCAUCCUGUCAGACAUUCACAUCUUCUUACUAUCAGAACCACAUCAAUCAUCAUGACACAGAAGCAUACCUGCAGCGUGAUUCUCAUCAACUAGAGCAUGAUGAUCUACAGAGAGUCAAAGACCAGCACAAAACCAGCAUGAAGAACAAGUAUGAGAGCUUAUUUGAGGGAGUCAAACUACAAGAGAAUCAGACCCUCCUGAACAGGAUUUACACACAGCUGUACAUCAUAGAGGGAGAGAGUGAAGGAGUGAAUGAAGAACAUGAAGUGCUACAGAUGGAGAAAAGUUACAGGACACUCCAAGACACUCCAAUCAACUGCAAUGACAUCUUUAAUCCUUUACCUGAACCAGGAUAUGAGGAGAAGAGAAGAGAGAAGAAAGACACAAUAAAGACAGUUCUUACUAAAGGCAUCGCUGGAAUUGGAAAAACCGUCUCUGUGCAGAAGUUCAUUCUGGACUGGGCCGAGGGAAAAGCCAAUCAGGAUGUAGAUUUCAUGUUUGUGCUUACAUUUAGAGAGCUGAACUUGAUUAAAGAUCAUCAGUACAGUCUUCACAGACUUCUGCUUGACUUUCAUCCUGAACUUCAGGAUCUGGACUCAAAGAUUUAUGAUGAAUGUAAAGUUGUGUUCAUCUUUGAUGGUCUGGAUGAAAGCAGAAUUACACUGAUGUUUUCAGACAGUCAGAACGUUUCUGAUGUGACUGAGAUUUCAUCAGUGGGUUUGUUGAUGUCAAACCUCCUGAGAGGAGAUCUGCUUCCCUCUGCUCUCAUCUGGAUCACCACCAGACCAGCAGCAGCCAAUCAGAUCCCCUCCAACUACAUCAACCGUGUGACAGAGAUUCAGGGAUUCAAUGACCCUCAGAAGGAGGAAUAUUUCAGGAAGAGAAUCAGUGACGAGCAUCAAGCCAGCAGAAUCAUCUCACACAUCAGAAGAGCAAGAAGCCUCCACAUCAUGUGUCACAUACCCGUCUUCUGCUGGAUCUCAUCCACUGUGCUUCAAAACAUCCUGAAACAAGAUCUCAGUGCAGAAAUCCCUCAAACUCUGACUGAAAUGUACAUCUACUUCCUGCUCAUUCAAACAAAGAUGAGGAACCAGAAGUAUGAAGAGAGAGAUCCAGAGAAACUCCUGCAGUCCAACAGAGAAGUGAUUGUGAAACUUGCUGAACUGGCUUUCAAUCAGCUGAUGAAGGGCAAUGUGAUGUUUUAUGAGGAGGACCUGAGAGAGAGCGGUAUAGACGUCACUGACGCCUCAGUGUAUUCUGGGAUCUGCACUGAGAUCUUUAGAGAGGAAUCUGUGAUUUAUCAGAGGAAGGUUUAUAGUUUUGUACAUCUGAGCUUUCAGGAGUUUUUUGCAGCACUGUAUGUGUUUUUCUGCUAUUUACACAAGAACAGUGAGAUUCUGGAAAUGUUCCUGACAGGAAAGAACAGAAAUCAGUGUGAGAAUGUACCUCUGGAUGUGUUUCUGAAGGAAGCAAUGAAUAAAUCCUUAAAGAGUAAAAAUGGACACCUGGAUCUUUUCCUUCGAUUUCUUCAUGGCGUCUCACUGGAGUCCAAUCAGAGACUCAUACAGGAUGUACUGAUACACACAGAGAACAAACCAGAGAGCAUGAAUAAAAUAAUCCAAAACCUCAAACGAGGUCAAAAAAACAAUGUCAGUCCUGAAAGAUGGAUGAAUCUGUCACACUGCUUGAUUGAGAUGAAGGAUAAUUCUGUUGUUGAAGAAGUGCAGGCUCUUUUAAAAUCUAAAACAAGAAGCAAAAGUCUUUCUCUUGCACAAUGUUCAACUUUGGCAAACAUGAUCCUGAUGUCAGAGGAGGUGCUGGAUGAGUUGGACUUCAAUAAGUACAACAUCAAAUCAAAAGAGGGCAAAGGGAGACUGGUACCUGCUGUGAGGAACUGCAGAAAAGCUGUAUUAAUAUCCUGUAAUCUCACUGAUCAGCACUGUGAAAUUUUGGCUUCAGCUCUACAAUCACCAAGCUCCACCAUGAGAGAGUUGGACCUGAGUAAAAAUCGCCUGCAGGAUUCAGGAGUGAUGCAGCUCUGUGCUGGACUGAAGAGUCCAAACUGUCAACUCAACAUACUCAGAUUGUCUGGCUGUUUCGUAACUGAGGAAGCUUGUGCUGCUUUAGCAUCAGCUCUGAGUUCAAACCCCACACACCUGAGAGAGCUGGAUCUGAGCUACAAUCACCCAGGAGAAUCAGGAGUGAAGCUGAUAAAUAAAAUCAUCCAUUUGGACAAACUCAAAUUGGUAGGCUGUAAUCUCACUAACCAGCACUGUGAAGUUGUGGCUUCAGCUCUACAAUCAUCAAACUCCCCACUAAGAGAGCUGGACCUGAGUCACAAUGACCUGCAGGACUCAGGAGUGAAGCUGCUGUGUGUUGGACUGAAGAGUCCAAAUUGUCAACUCAACAUACUGGGAUUAUCUUACUGUAUGGUGACAGAGGAAGGUUGUGCUGCUCUGGCAUCAGCUCUGAGUUCAAACCCCUCACACCUGAGAGAGCUGGAUCUGAGCUACAAUCACCCAAGAGAUUCAGGAGUAAAGCUCUCUGAUACACUCAAGCAUCUGGACAAACUCAAUGUGGAUCACGGAGGAGAGAUCAGGAUCACGUCAGGACUCCACAAAUACGCCUGUGAUCUCACACUGGAUCCAAACACAGCAAACAGAAACCUCGUUCUGUCUGAGGAGAACAGAAAGGUGACGCGUGUCUCUGAGUCACAGUCGUAUCCUGAUCAUCCCGACAGAUUUGAUCUGUGGGAUCAGGUUCUGUGUUCAGAGAGUCUGACUGGACGCUGUUACUGGGAGACUGAAUGGAGCGGAGAUGUUCAUAUAUCAGUGUGUUAUAAAGAAAUCAAGAGGAAAAGAGGGAGUGAUGACAGUUUGUUUGGACGUAAUGAGAACUCCUGGAGUCUGAUCUGCUCUGGUCACAGAUUCACUGCUCGUCACAAUAAUAAAGACACUUAUAUCUCUGUUGCUCCAGACUCCUGUAAGAGAGUCGCAGUGUUUCUGGACGAGUCGAGCGGCUCUCUGUCCUUCUACAGCGUCUCUGACACACACACACUCACACACUUACACACAUUCACACACACAUUCACUCAACCUCUACUCGCUGGAUUUAGACUUUAUUACAACUCUUCAGUGUCUCUGUGUUACAUCAAACACUAAACACACACACACACACACACUCACACACACACA